AUGGAUAAAGGUGGUGGCGACAUAGGAGAAGUUCAAAGCAUAUGCGACAACCAGCAGUCGUGUACGCUAGACGUCACCAACGCUGUGUUUGGAGACCCGUGUGAUGGAACCUCUAAGUACUUAGAAGUCCUCUACAGGUGUACUUUAAGCGGGAACAACGUGGCACUUAAUAGGGUGACAACACAGAGUUCCACUUAUAUCUCCUAUAACGGAGAGGUUUUGGGAGCCGAAAAGGCCGUGGAUGGUGUCAGAGGAACUUUUAUCGAUGGUGGAGCCUAUGCGUGUACGCACACUAACCAUGAGCAUCAGCCGUGGUGGAAGGUAGAUCUGGCAGGUACCUACACAGUCAGCCACGUAAGCGUGCUGAACAGAGGGGACUGCUGUGGAGAGAGACUAAGGAACUUUAUGGUACGAGUUGGUCCAGACGAGGACUUCCUUCAGAAUGACCAGUGUGGAGAGACUUACACGGACACUCCGACUAACGGACAGACCGUCACUGUGCACUGUAACCCGCCGAUGGCAGGCAGAUAUGUGUCCAUACAGCUGGUGGGAAGGGCGGAUGUCUUGACACUGUGCGAAGUGGAAGUCUAUGAAACAGAAGUGACCACUCCUGAGGAUACAACGACGUCGACUGUAGUACCUGCUGAAGCUUCACCAGAAUGGACAACACAUUCAACUGUAGGUUAUUUGCAAGAGAUAACCUUUCCGGCUCCACGAAGCGUCAGUAACUACGCCAAGCUGGAGAAAACGAUGGCUCAGGACUUAACAAGUUUUACUUUAUGUCUGCAAAUGCGCACCGACAUGAGUUCCUCCAGUGAUGCAGGUGUGGUCAGCUAUGCUGUACAAGAAGGAGACAAUGAGCUACUCAUCUACAAUAGAGCAGGGGAGGGAUUGGAACUGUACGUACAAGGUAACUCUGUCUCCCUUGGUGCCUUGCCUGUUUGGGAUGGUGAGAGGCAUGCAGUAUGUGCAACCUGGCGCAGCACCGAUGGAGCCUGGUUGGUCUUCGUCGACGGCGUUCGUUACGCUUCCGGCUCGAGGCUUAACGUGGGAGGAAAAGUGCGCAGUGGUGGAACAUGGAUCCUUGCACAGGAACAAGACACAGUUUGGGGAGGGUUCGAGCCGGAUCAAGCGUUCAGUGGAGAACUGUCACAGGUGAACCUCUGGGACCGCGUGCUGACUCCAGCUGAGAUAGGGACAGACUCCUGUCGUCAACAUGGCAACGUGAUGGACUGGGCAACCACUGACAUAAAUGUUUUUGGACUGGCCACUAGUUCUGAAUAUCGCUGCGGACACAACCUGGCCCUUAACAGGAUAACAACACAAAGUUCCAAGUACAUAUUUAACGGAGACGAUUUGGGCCCGGAGAAGGCCGUGGAUGGUCUCAGAGGGACCGCUAUCUAUGGUGGAGCCAAUGAGUGUACGCAAACCGACGCUGAGUACCAGCCGUGGUGGAUGGUAGACUUGGCGGGUACCUACACAGUCAGCCACGUCAGCGUGCUCAACAGAGGGGACUGCUGUGCGGAUCGACUGAGGAACUUUAUGGUACGAGUUGGUCCAGACGAGGACUUCCUUCAGAAUGCCCAGUGUGGAGAGACUUACGCGAACACUCCAACCAACGGUCAGACCCUCAUGGUGUACUGUAACCCACACAUAGAGGGCAGAUAUGUGUCCAUACAGCUGGUGGGACGGGUGGAAUACUUGUCACUUUGCGAAGUGGAAGUCUAUGGCGCAGAAGAGACCAGUCCUAAGGAUACAACGACGUCGACUGUAGUACCUACUGAAGCUUCAACAGAAUGGACAACGCAUUCAUCUGACCCCCUUGUCCCAUCUGACGGUGGGACUAUGGAGGAAUACCGGCGCUGGGAAACAGGCGAGGCACUGCCGGAAUCUUACAACGCCAAGGAGAGUCCAAUCGACAUGCAGAAAGGAAAACUUCUGCCGACAUCUUCAGGCGUAAAGAUCGACAGUUUUGGCUGGCUGUCAGAAGAGUCUAUGAAUUUCAACGUGACAGCUACCUUCACGGUAGCCUGGACCGACCCUCGCCUGGCUAACCUGGGCGGCAGGACGUGGAUCCCCGUCCCGGCACACGUUCUGUGGCUGCCGGCUGUGAAGUUCGGCAAGACGGUGCGAGCCAGCUGGUACGUGGUGUCUAGAUCUUCCGAGGGAGAUGGCAUCAGUGAUGAAGACGGCACUAUGACAACAUGGCUGUCUCCUGACGGACAGAUCAGCCAUUCCAUCAGGCGGAAGCUGAGCGUAUCGUGCCUCCUAGACCUGCGUAACUAUCCCUUCGACAAACAGACGUGCAGAUUGCAGUUGCAUGGAUUUGGGGGAAUCGUGUUUCGAAUCAGCCCUGUACCCGGUGGGAGAAAACCGCUUGUUCUUGAUCUGACUGAAGCUGAUUCUCAAUUUGUCGUCCGAGAGACAGAACUGUUGGGGACUGUGGCGUCAACACGGCAGGACGGUGUGGGCUGUACCUAUUUCCGGCGGAAGUGCAUGAUGGGUGAAAGUGCCGAGCUGUGUCCGUACCUACGGUUCUGUGAUCCCAGAGACCCGGCCUGUAAAACAUGCUCCGAGUUUUCAGGGACGUGUACAGAUGUGCCCAAGGACUGUAACCUCACCAAAUUCGGUGGGUCACCAGACGUGUAUUCCACCAUUGAAGUACGGUUCCAUUUCAAGCGAAGGCUUCCCUACUAUAUCCUGCAAACCUUCAUCCCCACCACUACAGUAGUGGUCGUAUCGUGGUCGUCCUUCUGGAUCCAUUACAGCGAGUCGUCUGCACGGAUCACCAUCGGCAGUACCACCCUGCUCAUGCUCAUACGCCUGGGGAGCCAGACUAUGAGAAUGCCACACAUAUCUUACAUCCGGGCAAUCGACAUCUGGCACAUCGGCUGCCUCGUUUUCGCCCUGCUGGUGACGUUGGAGUUUGCCGUGGUGCACUUCUUACACAGUAACGACGGCGAGAAGACAAAGAAGAAGCAACCCUGGAACACUUUGGCUAGAAAGCGGUCCAGGAUUGAGCCAUUGCAAUUCAUUGAAGAACGCGUUUCUGAAGACGAAACUGCAGCAACGAAAAAUGCAAAAAAGAUAGAAUUUUCAACAGCAGAUGACAACGCAAGACCUGCAGAUUGUAAAUCAUCCGCAAGGGCACCUAAAGUACCGACAAUGUGGCCCGUACGGCCGCCAACUAUCACUGCUUGUGCACAGUCAAAGAAUCAUAUCUUAGCUGGCCGUCGCAAGCUUUCCUCUACGGUGUAUAACGCACGCAAAAGGCGUUCCGUAGGACCAGCUCCAACCUCUUCUGCUGAACAGUCAACGAGGCAGACCUCAACUGCAGCUGGCAAGAUUUCCGCUAGACGAAACAACGACAACGAAAUGCGAUCUGUCAGACCACCAAAAAAAUCUCCGAAGACAGCCACGAAGAAAACACAUACUGCAGAUCAAUCGAUAGUCGUUAGGCGGCGCGGUAGAAAGGUGUCUGGCCCAGAGACAAAAGAUAGGGGGACUCCCUCUCUUUCAGAAGAUCGACCUGAGUCUGCCCAACGCAGAACAUCAAUCAUCACAAGGCCUGGAGCUGGGGAGAAACCUAAGGGCACACCGUGUUCCAUUGAUAUCAGAUCCCGUCAGGUGUUUCCCUUCUGUUUUCUACUGUUCGCUCUCACGUACUGGUUGUAUUACGCACAUGUGUAA